CCGGGCUGGACCGGACCCAGAGCCGCCACCGCCCGCUUCUGCCAUUCAAUGGAGGACGGUCCGCUGGAGAUCAUGACCAAGGACGGCGGCGACAUGCCGGCACCUCUGGAGGUGUCCACCGUGCCGGCCGUGGGGGACGUGAUCUCCGGGGAGUACAACGGCGGCAUGAAGGAACUGAUGGAGCACCUGAAGGCCCAGCUGCAGGCCUUGUUUGAGGACGUGAGGGCCAUGCGGGGGGCCCUGGACGAGCAGGCCUCGCACAUCCAGGUGCUCUCGGACGACGUGUGCGCCAACCAGCGGGCCAUCGUCUCCAUGUGCCAGAUUAUGACCACGGCGCCCCGCCAGGGCGGUCUGGGCGUGGUCGGCGGCAAGGUGAGCUGCCCGGGUGCCCCCCAGGAGCCGGAGACCCCUUCGCCUGGGAUCGGGGACAGCGGUUUGCUGGGUCGCGAUCCUGAGGACGAGGACGACGAUGAAGAAGAGAAGGAGAUGCCCAGUUCCGCCACACCCACUAGUCACUGUGAGCGUCCCGAGAGCCCCUGUGCUGGUCUCCUUGGGGGGGACGGGCCACUUGUGGAGCCCCUCGAUCUGCCCGACAUUACCCUGCUGCAGCUGGAGGGCGAGGCCUCUCUGUGAGGGGACUCCGAGGGGGCACUACUUUCCCGGGCUGGCUUUGGGUUUCCGAGUGCAUGACGCGAGGGGACUGAACGGUGCGGUGCAGCAUGCUUCACUCCGACCGCUGCUCUUGUGGGUCAGGCAGAGAGACUCCCUCGAGAAAGGAUUUAUAGGGUGAAGGACUUUGGGAGCAUCAAGAAUUCUUUCUGGCUAACCAAGGGAGACGUAGCAAACUGCGGAAAGGUGAGGUUCCGGGAGAGGAAGCGCCCACCUCUGGACUCCCAUCCAUCCCCUACCCUGCCCAUUCCCCCUCCCCAGCCAACAGGAGAACCCCUGAAUUGUGUAAAUAAAAUUCUGCUUUUUCUAUUCUGAAAAAGGACUUAUCUAGGACUAUGGCAAAUAAUCUCUAACGAUUUACCUAGAAAUUAAGGAAUUGGGGGUAUUCUGUUCUGGCAACAGAAAAUUUACCCUUCUGCUGAAAUCCAAGAUAUUCAGCGCUCUGCAGAAGCCUCUCCCUCUCACAGAUCUCUGCGGCUGCUGAUUGGUAAAGGAAGCUUGAGGAGGGAUGCAGCCCUAGGAAUCUGGGUGAAUGGGGUUCCAAGGGCCCCUGGGCUGGGGGGAGCUGGCUAUGAAUGUGCAUGAAGACAUAAUAGCUCAACCUCUAGGAUUUUUGCAUGCAGAGCGGAUCCUGCCUUGUCACUGACUUCAUCUGGGAUUGCUUUAGCCACUCACUGGGGCUUAGAGAACAAAGAGCCCAGUACACAGGCAGAGACUUGGGGGUGCUCAGCAGCAGCCCAGAUUUAGGGGACGUUUGAGGGACUCUUGGGGGCCGCAGCCAGAAACUGUCUCUCUCCUGGCUACACCCGCUUAACUUCAGUUCCUUUUCCUGUCAAUUUGUCCCUGCCCGCUGCCUCUCGGUGUUGCCUCCAUAAUGUCUUGUGUGUGUUAUGUGUGUUGACUUGUGUAGUAGUGUGUGAGCCCUGAGGGGCAGGGCUUGUGGCUCUGGUGUUAGGUUCAGGGGGCUUCAGACCCUUCUGUGAGCCCCAGGCUAUCAUGGCGCUUUCCCCUCCCCUUUCCUCUUUCCCUCACAACCAGGGCAUGGAGCAUGUGGCUGUCCUGAGGUGCCCAACUGAUGUGCCUCCCUCCCACCUCCUCAAGUAGUGACUCUGUGUGCCCUUUCUCCUCCACUGUGUAUUCCUUCUCAAUGCUUUCCUUGGUGUUAACCUUAAUAAAGAGGCGUCAUCU